AUGGAUCAAGAAGCUGGCAAACCUGCCUGGCCCAAACCAUCAAGAAGAUAUCAGACUAUUACAGGUAGAAGAUAUGGAAGAAGAUACGCCUAUGUUGGUUUUACACCAUCUUCAAAUACCCAAGUCAGAGAUGAACAUCAACAUAACGAAGACUGCGAACGAUUAGAAUUGGAGGAUAUUCAGAAAGAGAAUUCUUUACGUCCCAGUCCACCAGUUCAAGUUUCUUCUGGUUUAUUAGAUGAUCCUGUGCUAGAAAAUACUGGAACUGGAGAACCUGCUUGUGAAAGUGUAUCAAGACAAACUCUGGAAGCAAACACAUCGCCAUUUUCUGUAUUCUCUUACGGUCUGGAAGGCAACCAAAUCUCGGGGAACUUUGUGAAUCCUUAUGAGAAUUCUGAGGACCUUGUAGAAUAUGUGACUGAUAAGUGUAAUGAUUGGAAUGGUCAGAAUGGAAUUGCUUUUGUAAACAUGGAUUCUUAUGAGCCAGGUGAUGGUAAUAGAGAAGAUCAUGCUCAAGACGAAUUUUCUAUGGGAACAGAAGAAGCAGUUGUGUUUCGAGAAACAAUAAAUAAAAUAUUUUCUGAGUUUGAAAAAAGCAUAGAGUCUUUCACUGACUUACAGCCUCAAUUGUCUGAUCUCAAUCACAAUGCUACUAGAGAAUGUUGUGAAGAAUCAGGACCAAUGCCUUUAAUGAGAUAUUUUAGCAUAGAUUCAGACUUGGUGUGUCCAAACAACAGGACAUGUAAAACAUCUGCUGAAGAUCAAGCUAUACUGAAAAAUAACCUAAGUGAUGCUGUUCAUGAACUACAGCAGAUAAAAAAUACAGAGAAUGUUGAAAUCCAAAUACCUAUAGCAAUUGCUAAUGAGUUAAAUGUCAGUGAUGACCAAGGAAAUUCACUUGAACUAGUAGUGAGACCUAAAAUAAGAAAACAAAAUACUUCAAACCAGUUGGAGAGAGAGAGGCUUCUUGAUGAGGAGGAAGGGGAAAGUAAUUCCUGGAGGAGAAGCGAAAUUGAUGAAGUUCAGCAAGGGAAUGCUGACUGUGCCUUAAACAGCAAAGAGAUGAGUUCUAGUACGUUCUUUGGCUCAAGAGGGCACGAAGGUCAUCGGAAGAACACAGAACUAAGAAAAAAUGCAGCAGCUCAAGAACGAAAAAAUGUUCAGGAAGACAGCACUUUUUGGGAUGAACUGGAAGGCUGCAGCAGACACUUCUCAAUGGACCACAAAGACGAAGACAGCUCAGAAUGCAGUGAUGGAGAAUGGUCUGCAGCUGCACCUACCUAUUUUACUGCUACAGAAAAAGACCACUCAAGUGAUGAGAGCUCGGAGACUAUCCCAGGCAGGGACAAAUGUGAGGCUGAACUGCAGAACAGCAGCAGCAAUAGUGUAGAAGAGGAGAAGAAAGACUACUAUUCACAAGGAGGGGAACAGAAGUUAUUGGAGGAAGGAGAGAUUCCUAUGUUACAUUACCAUAGAGAAGUAGAAAAUAUGAGUGAAGAAGAAACUAAUCUAAUUCGUGAUUUUGUGUAUCCUGGAUUCUUCCUUUUGGAUGGAAAUAAUAAUCUUGAGGAUGAUUCCAGUAUGAGUGAAGAUCAAGAUGUGGAGUGGAGAGUGCUUAAUGAGUUUGGUGAUGGCCUAGGACUUGCUCAAGCUGUUCCUGAUGCGGAUCCUCUCACACUUGAGGCACUAGAGGGACGCUUACAAGAAGCUAUGGAGACUGCUCUGGCACAUUUGGAGCUUCUUGGAUUUGAUGUUGAACAGGCUCAUCCACCGGCUACUAAAGAAAGCAUAGAUUCUCUGCCAUGGAUUGUCAUCACAAAUGACCACAUGGGUGUAGGUCAAGAGCAGCGCUGUAUUAUCUGUUGCUGCGAAUAUGUGGAAAAUGAAAUCGUAACGGAGCUACCCUGUCAUCAUUUGUUUCACAGAACUUGUGUAACGCUUUGGUUACAGGAAUCAGGAACAUGCCCAGUUUGUCGUCAUGUGCUUGCACCUAUGCCUCCUGAAACAGCUGCUGCCACUGUUUCCUUCCUACCUGAUCAUGACUCAGCAUCUUCUGCUCACAGUGUUACAGGAACUUCAAACUAG